UCCCUGCUGACGUCAUACCACUAGAGUCAAUUCGAUCACUCGUCUCAAUGUCGCGAAAUCAGACGCGGGAUUCCUAGACUGCAUGACAAUCAUUCCACUAUCAAUUUCUCGAUAUCACUGAGUUCUCAUUUCUUUGGGAAAGGGUGAAUCAUCUUAUGGGGAAGAAUUUUUAAUGGAUUUUAAUGAUGAUUUAUGAAUUUAUUUUAUGAACAUCAGUUCAUGCUGGGGACGUCAUCAGUGAAACGUAAAAUCGGAAUUCUAUCGGAUAAAUAAAUGAAGAAUUUGUGAAAACGAUAUGGGGAUGGUUUUAAAGGGCUGUUUUGGAGCAAGAGACGGCCGGGGAUUUAAAUAACGGAAACACGUUGGGGUAGGGCAGGUCGUGCUAUCAUCCCGGUGUGAAGAAAAAUAUCUCGGUUUCAGGUGAAGAGUUAUUCAUGUCUUUUGAAGAAAUUGUUGAAGGGUGAACGUUCUUUGAGGGAGCGAUUCUGGGGAUAAAAUGAGCAGUCGAAUCAGGUCUCUGCUUCAUAAGAAGCUCCUUCAGAAAACUGGACUGGCAGAUCUCCCAAUUUUCCAACAUUUAUCCCUGAAGCUUGACAAAACCACAGGUUCUUUCAGCUACGAAAUCCCCUUAAGAACUCCAAGCUACGAUCUUCGGAGUCAGUCAGACCUCCUGUCAUCCUUGAUAAUCGAGGACGAUCUCUUCUCCAGGAUAAAUCUAACCCGGCGAAAAAAUAACGAGCUCCUCUCGAUCGCCCUAAAGAGAGACAGCUUCGUAAAACAAAUCCUAGAAAAAAACUCCCACCAAGUGACACCUCCAGACAUCACCGAUGAUAAUAAAAAAAUAGUAAUCGACUUCUCAUCUCCAAAUAUCGCCAAGCCCUUCCACGUUGGUCACCUGCGUUCCACGAUAAUUGGCAAUUACAUUUCCAACCUGAACACUUACCUGAAAAAGAAUGUAAUUAAGUUGAACUAUUUAGGAGACUGGGGCACGCAAUUGGGAUUUGUAAUGCUAGGGGUGGACCUGCUGGCGAUUCCAGAGGAUAAGAUGAGGGAGGAUCCGAUAAAAAAAUUGUACGAGGCGUACGUCCACGCGAAUAAAUUAUCAGAGAAUGAUCCUGAGGUCUUAGAAAGAGCCAGAGAAAUUUUUCAAAGACUGGAGAAGGGAGAGGGUCUGCAGCGAUGGGAGAGCUUCAAAAAUAUUACAGUCGAGGAACUCCAGAAGAUUUACCAGAGGAUAGGGGUGACUUUCGACGAAUAUCACUGGGAGUCGUCCUAUAAUUUUUCAAGGAUCAAGGGAGUGAUUGAUCGUAUGGAGACACUGGAAUUAUUAAAGGUUGAUGAGCAAGGCAGAAGGGUUGUUGCCAUCAGUGAUCAGAGGAAUCUGCCCAUUAUUAAGAGUGAUGGAUCCACUCUGUAUGUCACUAGGGACGUCGCGGCUGCUAUCGAUCGUAUGAGAAAAUAUAAUUUUGAUUCGAUGUAUUAUGUAGUAGAGUCCGGACAGCAUGACCACUUCAAUAAUUUGGUCAAUAUUCUGGAGAGGAUGGGGUACGAAUCAUCCAGGAAGCUCCAUCAUGUCAAGUUUGGGAGGAUCUCUGGAAUGAGUACUAGAAGAGGAACUGCUGUGUUCUUGAAAGAUUUCUUGGAUGAGGCCAGGGAUGCCAUGAGGGAGCAGCAGAAAAUUAAUGCAAGGACGAAGGUGGAUUUGAAUUCUGAGGAUGGGAGCUCGGAUAUUCUAGGAAUUUCAGCAGUCGUUGUUCAUGAUUUGAAGCAGAGGAGAACGAAGGAUUACAAAUUCAGCUGGGAUGUAGCACUAGAUAUAAAGGGAGAGACUGGUGUAAAACUCCAGUACACUCACUGUCGUCUAUCGGGAAUAGAGGAGAAUAGCGGUGCCACUCUGCCAAGUGAAUGUAACCCACAGCUGUUGACAGAGCCAAUCAUCAAUGAUCUAGUCAGCGCAAUUAGUCAAUUUGAUGAAGCGGUUGUUUUAUCCUAUCAGACACUGGAGUCAUGUUACUUGGCCAAGUACCUGUUCAAUUUGAGCCACACAGUGAAUAAGACGAUCCAGGAAAUAAGAGUCAAGGGUGAAUCAUCAGAUAUUGCAGCGCAGAGACUUCUCCUGUAUCAUUCCACUAGAAAUGUAUUGAAUACUGGGAUGAAGCUUCUUGGUUUAAAACCUCUGAAUAAAAUGUAGAGUUGAAUGAUUCA